AUGAAAUUGUAACAUAUGUUUGAUGUAAAAUUCAUUAGCCUUGAGCUUUUAGAAAGUUAACAGUAACACACUCCUGAUUGCAGAGCACAAGUUUCUUAUCCAUGGCUUCCAAUCCGACUACUCAACCUUUCUCUACUGGAAAAUGUGUAACACUAAGCUCAAGCUUAGUUCUAGCAGCUUUAGUUGCUCUCACAGUACAAGUCUUCUACUUCUCACCCAUAGAUCCAGUUUUGCUUGACAUAACCCCUGCACCUUCAACCAAAAACAACAAAUUACAGAAUGUCAGUAAGCUUGGAGAAGGACUUCUGAAACAACCAGAAGAUGUUUGCUUUGAUGAAGAGGGUACUCUCUAUACAGCUACUCGAGAUGGUUGGAUUAAAAGACUGCGCAGGAAUGGAAAUUGGGAGAAUUGGAAGCAUAUAGAUAGUCAUGCUUUGCUUGGGAUAACAGCAGCAAAAGAUGGGGGUCUCAUUGUGUGUGAUGCUAACAAGGGUUUGCUAAAGGUUACAGAAGAGGGUUUCAGUGUUCUCACUACACAAGUAAAUGGUUCUCCAAUGAGGUUCGCAGAUGAUGUGAUAGAAGCAUCAGAUGGAGAUAUAUAUUUCAGUGAUGCCAGUACCAAAUUUGGUUUUGGUAACUGGUAUCUGGAAAUGCUAGAGGCCAGACCUCAUGGACGAGUUCUCAAAUACAACCCUGUAUCAAAUGAGACAACUAUUGUCCUUGAUAACUUGGCCUUUGCCAAUGGUGUUGCUCUCUCUAAAGAUCAAGAUUAUCUUGUGGUCUGCGAAACUUGGAAGUUCAGAUGUACGAGGCAUUGGCUAAAAGGAGCAAACAAAGGCAAAACAGAUAUUUUCAUAGAAAACCUCCCAGGUGCACCUGAUAACAUUAAUCUAGCUCCUGAUGGCUCUUUCUGGAUUGCUUUACUUCAGAUUACUUCUGAAGGACUGGGGUUUGUGCACACCUCCAAGGUAUCCAAGCACGUGGUAGCUUCAUUUCCAUGGCUAUUUAACUUGGUCAACGGUGCAAGAAAAUCAGCAAUGGUGGCGAAUGUGGCAACAGACGGCAAGAUACUCAGAACGUUUGAUGAUAGUGAGGGGAAGGUGCUAAGUAUGGUUACUUCAGCCGUGGAGUUUGAGGACCAUCUUUACUUAGGUAGUCUUAAUACCAAUUUUGUUGGAAAAUUAUCACUCCACAGUGCACAAAACCAGUGAAGUUCAACUCUAAUUCAAUAAGGGGUGUUUCUCUGCUUGAACCAAGCAAUAAAAGCAUCUUCUGAUAUGUAUGAUUCUGGUGAAGUCCAUCUAGGAUAUUGUCCCUAUUGCGCAAAUAUGUUGUUCAUUUUGUGUCUCUGCCUGCAUCAAGCAAGAAAAACUUAUUUUGGUAUGUUUCAUUUACUAAUGUGUUCAUUUUGAAA